GAAAUACACACGACGAAGGGUUCUCCCAUCAAACGAAACGGAUGAACUGCGCAUGUGCACGGUCGAGGUCUAUCGGAAGUCAGGUCGGUCUUAGCGGUAGUCCACAUCAAAAAACUCAAAACAGAAAGUCAUGUCAGGGUUUCUGGACGGGAUCCGCUGUGGAGACUGUGACUGCAAUGUUGACUGGGGGGAGAGGAGAAACACCAUCGCUUCCAUUGCUGCUGGAGUUCUGUUCUUCACUGGUUGGUGGAUCAUUAUCGACGCGGCAGUGAUGUACCCUCUGGAGGAAGAUUUUCAUCGCGCCUAUCACACCUGUGGGGUCAUAGCUACUGUGGCCUUUCUCAUGAUAAAUGCAGUUUCAAAUGGCCAGGUGAGGGGAGACAGCUACAGUGAAGGCUGCAUGGGACAGACAGGCGCUCGAGUGUGGCUCUUUAUUGGUUUCAUGUUGGCUUUUGGCUCCCUCAUUGCUUCCAUGUGGAUCCUGUUUGGGGGAUUUGUUGUGCCUGGGAAGCCACAUACGUACCCUGGAAUCGCCAUUUUCUUCCAAAAUGCAUUCAUUUUCUUUGGGGGGUUGGUCUUCAAGUUUGGACGCACAGAGGACCUCUGGCAGUAAUGAGCUGCAUGUGUCUUUAUGUCUACACUCACACCCUCUGCUUUCUGUAUUGUAUGAGACUAAAUAAUUCCAACAUUUCCUGAAUUUAUACUUUUUUUUUUUUUAGCUUUCAAACUAAAAUCUUUAAUUUAUAAGCUUUGUAGUUUAUAAGCUGCAUUUUACCAACCACACAUUUUUAUAGAUGUCUUGACAGGUGGAACAUUUCCAAAUGUGGCACAUGGGUUAAGAUGUCUGCCUACAUUCAGACCUUUUAGCCAUGUUGAUAAUAUGUUAAAUGACUUGUGUAUGACAAAGAUGUAUAUUGGGAGCUUUUUCUAUCACUUCCACUUUGGUAGACAUUUAUGAAUAACGUUUUUUUUUUCUGGCCCAUGGAGUCUAAACUACAUAAGCUUUUCCAGUAGAUAAAAAAAAAAGUUUCAUGUUAUCGUGUCUUUAGGGGGGUGUAAUCAUAUGGGGUGUUUUUUUGUUGUUCAUGUCUGUUGUAACACAACCACAGUUCUCAAAUGUGUACACCCAUUGUGGAAUAAACAAGCUCACAGUGCACACCUGAAGCCAACAAAGGUUUCACAACAGAA